AUCACUAUUCUGUUUGGUGGUGUACCCUCCCCCGCUUGAAGCAAGCUGGAUGUAUACGUCGAGCAGACUGCGAUCGGCUCCUUGCCUGCUUGGAUUGCGAAUGUCGUGAAGGAGGUUGGGGAGCCAAGACGUCUUCUGGGUCUUUAUGGUGCGCGCACUGCUCUUCAGUCCUUCUUGAUGUCAUGGAUUGUAUGCAGAUUCGAUCGACGAUCACACGUCGAGCGUGUGAGGGAGGAGCAUUCUGGUUGAUUGACCUGUAGGCUUGGCCAUGCAUCAAUAAUCACGAAUCUGAAUGCCUGCCUGCAUGCGCACGCAUCUUGCCAUUCGUCAGUCUGAGUGCGAUUCUCGUGACUGCCAUGGCGAUUCGCGAUUCAGAUUGGCGGAACAGGGCGCGUGCGUGAUUGCGAGGCAGGUGUGUGUGCUGCUCAUGGAUUCAGCAGCAGGAUUGAUCGAUCGCCGUCCUCGCGUGCCGAGCUUGCUUGCACCCGUGACUGCACGUCUGUAGGUACCGUACAGUAGGUACCAAGACUCCACCACUCGUGACUGUGACUGUCUGAUAGAUUCAUCGCUCUGCACGCACAUCUUGACUGCAUGGUGGUCACAACCGCGCGGCGACUCGGGCGUAAAUUGCACAGCAAACAGCAUACAUACUCACACUGUACGGUACCUACACGCAACGCCAAGAAACACACGCGCUCGAUUCCAUCGUGACCUAAACUGGCUCAUCCAUCCCCAUCCCGCCAGUCCCACCAUCCCGCAAGCGCCCGCACACCCUCUCUCCUCCCAAUCUACCAUCCAAGUUGAUCACCAAACUCACCUGCUCGCUUCGUAUCGCCUAGUGUCCAUAGCACCCAACCGCAGCAAUCUCAUCAAGUUUCCGAUCAGACUCACAGCAGCAGCGCGAGCGACUCUCCGAUCGCGCGACAACCUGUCUAGCUUGCGCAUCUCUGAUUCAGCCACUCAUCUCGCACUUUAAUCUACCCGACGCGCUCCUUCUCGUCGUCCCUAUUGGACCAAGUCGAAUCACUCGAGAU